GAUCGAACACCGUCUCCAGAAGUCCCCACAAAAACCUCUCGCUCGCGCUCCACUCCUAAACCGGCGGAAGCUAGGGUUUCGGUGAUCGCCGGCGGCGAUGGGCGCGGACGAGCAGCCAUCCCCGACGCGGAAGCGCGAGCGCGAGGAGGAGGAGGGGGAUGCGGCCGACGUGGACGGUGCCGCGGCCGAGAAGCGCCCGCGUGCCGAGGAGUCGCUGCUGGGGCUCGCCAGCUACGAGGAGGAGGAGGAGGAAGAGGGGGGCCACGCGAAUGGGCGGCCCCGUGAGAAGGAGGCGGAGGAUGACGACGACGAGGAGGAGGAGGAAGAGGACGAGAGGAGGGCUCCCGAGAGAAGGCCGAGGCAGGUCGAGCUGCGCCGGGACUGCCCUUACCUGGACACCGUGAAUCGACAGGUCCUUGAUUUUGACUUUGAGAAGUUCUGCUCAAUCUCCUUAUCAAAUUUGAAUGUGUAUGCAUGCCUAGUCUGUGGAAAGUAUUACCAAGGAAGAGGCUUGAAAUCACAUGCGUAUACCCACAGCCUUGAGGCAGGUCACCAUGUGUUCAUUAACCUUCAAACUGAGAGAGUUUACUGUCUUCCUGAUGGAUAUGAGAUAAAUGAUCCAUCGCUUGAAGAUAUUCGACAUGUUCUUAAUCCAAGGUUCGCGAGAGAGCAGGUUCUAAAUCUUGACAAGAACAAGCAGUGGUCAAGAGCUCUGGAUGGCUCCAAUUAUCUACCUGGAAUGGUUGGUCUGAACAACAUUAAGGAGACUGACUUUGUGAAUGUCACAAUACAGUCAUUAAUGAGAAUUACUCCUUUGAGAAAUUUCUUUCUCAUACCAGAAAAUUACCAGCACAGCAAAUCCCCACUGGUUCAUCGAUUUGGAGAACUAACUCGCAAGAUUUGGCAUGCUAGGAACUUCAAGGGCCAAGUUAGUCCACAUGAGUUCCUUCAAGCAGUUAUGAAGGCCAGUGAGAAGAAGUUUCAGAUUGGUGUACAAUCUGAUCCAGUGGAAUUUAUGUCAUGGCUCUUAAACACACUGCAUGCAAAACUAAGAAGUUCAAAGAGGAAAAACAGAAGCAUCAUAUAUGAUUGCUUUCAGGGUGAACUUGAAGUUGUUAAAGAAAUUCACAGGAAGCAUAUAGUGGGUGAUGAGCAGAAUGGCGAGUCAAGUUCACAGGUUGAAACAACAAGUGACGGUAUGGUCACUGAAACGUCCAGGGUUCCAUUCUUGAUGCUCGGUCUUGACCUACCACCGCCACCUCUUUUCAAAGAUGCCAUGGAGAAAAAUAUUAUUCCACAGGUGCCACUGUUUAAUAUACUGAAGAAGUUCGAUGGUGAGGCAGUUACAGAGGUUGUGCGACCAUCCAUUGCUCGGAUGAGGUAUCGAGUCAUUCGACUUCCAAAGUAUAUGAUCCUUCACAUGCGGCGGUUUACCAAAAACAACUUCUUUGUAGAGAAAAACCCUACUCUAGUAAAUUUUCCUGUGAAGAACUUGGAAUUGAAGGAUUACAUUCCAUUACCUAAGCCAAAGGAAAAGGAGAAGCUACGUUCAAAGUAUGAUCUCAUAGCCAACAUUGUACACGAUGGCAAACCGGGUGAAGGAUGUUACAGAGUAUUUGUGCAGCGGAAAUCAGAAGAGGCGUGGUACGAGAUGCAGGAUCUCCAUGUCACCGAGACCCUUCCGCAGAUGGUAGCUCUCUCAGAAGCCUACAUGCAAAUAUAUGAGCAGCACGAAUGAUGAGCUCUAGGGAUGGUGAACCGCGACCAUGUAGCCUUCCACAGCCACCUUUUUGCUUACCACAGUUUCUAGCUAAUUUAUAUGUACGGAGCAAUUUUGGGUGCAGAAUUGUUGUCAACUCCGAACUUAAGUCCUUGAGAAAGUAGAAUCUGAGGAACUGGGACUGUUAGCUGAGGUCGACGCCAUGGAGAGACCGGGGAGCUAGCAGUUGUAAAAUGUAAUAACUCAACGGCACCAUAAUUUUCAGGAUUCAUUUAAAAUUUUCCUGCUUUUCGAAGCAUAGGCCUGAGGCCAUUUGGUGCCUGUAGUUGUACCAGGAAAGCUCUUUUCCUCUAGUAUACUGUAGCAUGCACCUGUUAUUCAUCAGCACAUGUUGCUACUAACCAGAUCAAUGCCAGUGUUUCCAGUUCAAAAAAAAAAUCAUUACUAGUGCAGUGGCCAGGAUGGGUUUCAGCUAAA